AUGCUAUGUUCUUGGAUCUUCAAGAGCUCGAGGAAAUUAUAUAUUUUGAUAAUCUUCAAGAUAUUUGAAGGGACUAAAUUAUAGAUUGUACUUCUCGCUGAGGGGAUCCAACUGGCGACGCCAUGGCCAACAUUUCCAAUUAUUUCUGUUCCCGCCUCAAGAUUUGCUGCGAGACCCGCAACCUGAAGCAGGCGAAGCAGCUUCACGCGCACAUAAUCAGGUCUCUGAUAGACCCGGAGACAUUCUUGCUGAAUAACCUCGUAAACGCCUAUUACAAACUGAGCCACAUUAAGUAUGCACGCAAGGUGUUCGAUAAUAUGCGCAGGCCGAAUCUCUUCUCCUGGAACACCAUUCUCUCGGCUUACUCGAAAGAAGGGGACGUUUUGAAAAUGCAGCAGCUGUUCAAUUUGAUCCCUAGAAAAGAUGGGAUUUCCUGGAACUUGAUUAUUUCGGGGUACAUAAAGCUUGGAUUAUGUGACAAAGCUUUAGAAACUUAUAAGUCGAUGCUAAGGCAUGGGUUGAAGAAUCUCAACAGAAUCACGCUUUCGACGAUGACUAUAAUGCUGUCCAACAAGGGAUGGGUGUUUUUAGGGAGGGUUAUACAUGGGCAGAUAGUUAAGCAUGGUUUUGAAGCAUAUGCUUUUGUAGGGAGCCCUUUGGUGGAUAUGUACGCGAAAUGUGGUUUGAUAACAGAGGCGAAACGUGUGUUCGAUGAGCUGGAAGAAAGGAAUUUGGUCAUGUACAACACAAUGCUCGCCGGAUUCUUGAGAUGUCGGAUGGUGGAGGAAGCUUUUGGUUUAUUUGAAUCCAUGACUGAUAAAGAUUCAAUUUCUUGGACAACGAUGAUCACAGGACUAAUGCAGAGAGGGAUGCAUAAAGAAGCGCUCGAUUUAUUCAAGGAAAUGAGGUUUGAGGGAUUAAAUAUGGAUCAGUUUACAUUCGGCAGCAUUUUGACUGCCUGCGGAGGCCUUUUGGCGCUAAGAGAAGGUAAGCAGAUUCACGCGUACGUUACAAGAACUGAUUAUAUGGAAAAUGUGUUCGUCACUAGCGCGCUUCUUGAUAUGUACUGCAAGUGUAAGGACAUCAAGAACGCCGAGAGUGUGUUUAGCUUGAUGAAGCACAAGAAUAUCGUGUCGUGGACAGCUAUGUUGGUAGGAUAUGGUCAUAACGGGUACAGCGAAGAAGCUGUUCGAAUCUUUUGCGAAAUGCAGAAGAAUGGAGUCGAACCGGAUGACUACACAUUAGGCAGUGCGAUAAGUUCUUGCGCAAAUCUCGCUAGCCUGGAAGAAGGAGCUCAGUUCCAUGGCCGAGCUAUGGUUUCAGGGCUGAUCGCGUUUAUAACAGUCUCAAACGCGCUCGUCACUUUGUACGCUAAAUGUGGGAACAUCGACGAGUCGCACCAGUUGUUUCGAGAAAUUAAGUUCAAGGAUCAGGUUUCUUGGACAGCAUUAGUUUCAGGAUAUGCCCAGUUUGGAAAAGCCCGGGAAACGAUCGACACGUUCGAGGAAAUGCUGGCUCGUGGCGUCGAACCGGAUGGGGUCACAUUCGUCGGAGUUCUUUCAGCGUGCAGUAGAGCUGGAUUAGUCGAAAAGGGGUGCGACUAUUUUGCUUUAAUGUCGAAUAGGUACAAAAUCCAGCCGGCUCUCGAUCACUACACCUGCAUGAUCGAUCUUUUCAGCCGAGCUGGAAAUAUCGAAGAAGCCAAAAACUUCAUUCUCAGAAUGCCUUUCCAACCUGAUGUUAUCGGUUGGGCGACGUUACUGAGCUCAUGCAAGAAUCGCGGUAAUAUGGAGAUCGGGAAAUGGGCUGCCGAGUCUCUCCUGAAAUUAGACCCCCGGAACUCCGCGGGACAUGUUUUGCUCGCGGGCAUUUACGCCGCAAAAGGAAAAUGGGUCGAAGUAGCGCAGAUGAGACGACGGAUGAGGGACAACGGCGUAAGGAAGGAGCCGGGGUGUAGCUGGAUCAAGUACAAGAACAGAGUUCAUAUUUUCACAGCUGACGAUAAGUCGAGUCCUUUCUCCGAUCAGAUAUAUCAAGAACUCGAAAGAUUGAACGAGAAAAUGAUACGCGAAGGGUAUGUACCCGACAUGAACUCUGUUCUUCACGAUGUCGAUGAGUCAGAGAAGCUAAGGAUGUUAAAUCAUCACAGCGAAAGGCUGGCGAUCGCAUUCGGUUUGAUUUUCGUUCCUCCGGGACUGCCCAUCAGAGUCGUGAAAAACCUCCGGGUGUGCGACGAUUGCCACAGCGCGACAAAGAUUAUUUCGAAGAUUACGAAGAGAGAAAUACUCGUUAGGGACGCAGUGCGGUUCCAUUUGUUUAAAGACGGGCAAUGUUCUUGCGGAGACUUUUGGUAGAAAUCGAAGUGGACCCUGUAAUCGGUGUGUUUUAUUUCGAAAAAUACGAGCACUACAUAUUUUGCUAUAGAGAUAAAACAACAAAGAUUGACGAUAUAGUUCAGUGUCGUUUAGAGCCCUUCGGAGGUCAUCCUCCCGGCGACAUCUUCUGACUGGCGCCACGAACAUAUGUUUCUUACAUGUACACGAAUCGGUUCGCUCCCGAUUUCAAACAAUCUCCGGUGCAAAGCUGGUUUAGUACCUGCCUCCAUUGUGUCCUAACACUCUGAAUGUAUGCUCAUUUAUCAACAACAGCUGCUUGAGUCGACGCUGCAGAUUUGUUGCGAGGCGACAUGUUUGAUUGACUCUCCCCAGCGACAGAUCAGCUUGUUA